GCCCCGCCCCUCACCGUGUGCUAAAUUGACAGCAGCUUCAGGCCUGGUGUUUGCAUACAAAGGCAGAGAAGCGUGCCUGUUCUCUUGGUUCAGACAAUGAAUUACGUGGGGCAGUUGGCGGGUCAGGUGUUUGUGACUGUGAAGGAGCUCUACAAGGGACUGAACCCCGCCACGCUGUCAGGAUGUAUUGACAUCAUUGUCGUCCGCCAGCCCAAUGGCAGCCUGCAGUGCUCUCCUUUCCACGUGCGCUUUGGGAAGAUGGGCGUCCUGCGCUCUCGGGAGAAAGUGGUGGACAUAGAAAUCAAUGGUGAGUCUGUGGACCUGCACAUGAAGUUGGGAGACAAUGGAGAAGCAUUUUUCGUUGAAGAGACUGACAAUGAUCAGGAAGUCAUCCCCACAUACCUGGCAACGUCCCCCAUCCUGUCGGAAGGAGCGUCUCGAAUGGAGAGCCAGUUGAAAAGGAGCUCGUUGGACAGGAUCAGGUGCUUGGAUCCCUCCACCGCUGCCCAGGUCCUGCCUCCCAGCGACACCCCAUCCACUGGAUCUCUGGGGAAGAAGAGAAGGAAACGGAGGAGGAAGUCUCAGCUGGACAAUCUCAAAAGAGAUGAGAGCGUCAACACGUCUGAGGAUGAGGACAUGUUUCCCAUAGAGAUGAGCUCUGAUGAGGACACUGCACCGAUGGACGGGAGCAGAACCCUUCCUAAUGAUGUACCACCAUUCCAAGAUGACAUUUCUAAGGAAAACCUCCCCUCGAUUCCAUCGUAUUCCCAGUCAGCAUCAUACCCCAAUUCAGACAGAGAAUGGUCCCCCAGUCCCAGUGCCUCCAGCAGCCUGGUAGAUUGCCAGAGGACUCCCUCUCACCUUGCAGUAGUGGCCGAGGGAGUUCUUUCUAGCUCUUGCCCUCCACAGUCUUCCCACUUCUGUGCUUCGGAAAGUCCUUCAGGCUCCCGUCCCUCAACACCCAAGAGUGAUUCUGAGUUAGUCAGUAAGUCUUCAGACAGGUCGACACCAAAGAAUACCCUGGAGAUGCUCUGGCUUUGGGGUGAAUUGCCGCAGGCUGCAAAGUCAUCUUCCCCACACAAGAUGAAGGACUCCAGUCCGUUAGGGAGCCGGAAGAUCCCUGAUAAAAUUCACUUUCAGGCCAUUUGUAGUGAGUCUUCAGAUACUUUUAGUGACCAGUCACCAACACUGGCCCAGGGGCCGCUGGUGGACCGGAGCAAGGCUCAGACAGAGAUGCAGUUUGUGAACGAGGAGGACCUCGAGGCCUUAGGAGCUGCAGCUCCACCUUUACCUGUGGCCGAAGAGCUCAAGCCCCCAGCUGCCAGCACAGCACAGACGACAAGCAAGACAGAUUCCCCUUCCAGGAAGAAAGAUAAACGGAGUCGACACCUCGGAGCUGAUGGUGUUUAUCUGGAUGACCUCACAGACAUGGAUCCUGAAGUGGCAGCCCUGUACUUCCCAAAGAAUGGUGAUCCUGCUGGGCUCUCCAAACAAGCCUGUGACAUUGGAGCCAGGUCAGCCAACCAGUCCCCACAGUCGGUGGGCAGUUCGGGCAUCGACAGCGGUGUGGAGAGCACCUCGGAUGGCCUGAGGGACCUGCCGUCCAUAGCCAUCUCCCUCUGUGGUGGCCUCAGUGACCACAGAGACAUCACCAAAGAUGCGUUUUUGGAACAAGCUGUGUCCUAUCAGCAGUUCGCUGACAACCCCGCCAUCAUCGAUGACCCCAAUCUCGUGGUCAAGAUCGGUAAUAAGUAUUACAACUGGACAACAGCAGCUCCUCUGCUGUUGGCGAUGCAGGCCUUCCAGAAACCUUUGCCAAAGGCCACUGUGGAAUCCAUCAUGAGAGAUAAGAUGCCCAAAAAGGGAGGAAGAUGGUGGUUUUCCUGGAGGGGAAGAAAUGCCACAAUCAAAGAGGAGAGCAAACCUGAGCAGUGCCUGCCAGGGAAGGGCCACAAUACGGGAGAGCAGCCUGCACAGCUUGGCCUGGCCACCAGAAUAAAGCAUGAGUCAUCCUCCAGUGAUGAAGAACACGCAUCUGCCAAGCCGUCGAGCUCAAGCCACAUCUCUCUCUUGUCGAAUGUCAGCUACAAAAAGACCCUGCGGCUCACGUCAGAGCAGUUGAAAAGCUUGAAAUUGAAGAAUGGCCCCAAUGAUGUGGUUUUUAGUGUCACUACACAGUACCAGGGCACCUGUCGUUGUGAAGGCACCAUCUACCUGUGGAACUGGGAUGAUAAAGUCAUUAUCUCAGAUAUCGAUGGGACCAUCACGAGAUCGGAUACCCUUGGUCAUAUUUUGCCCACGCUGGGAAAGGAUUGGACCCACCAGGGCAUUGCAAAGCUGUACCAUAAAGUAAGCCAGAACGGCUACAAGUUUCUCUACUGUUCUGCGCGUGCCAUUGGGAUGGCAGACAUGACAAGAGGCUACCUGCACUGGGUCAAUGAGAGGGGCACGGUGCUGCCACAGGGACCACUUCUGCUCAGCCCAAGCAGCCUCUUCUCUGCCCUGCACAGAGAAGUGAUUGAAAAGAAGCCAGAAAAGUUCAAAGUCCAGUGUUUGACAGAUAUCAAAAACCUGUUUUUCCCGAACGCAGAACCCUUCUACGCUGCUUUUGGGAACCGUCCUGCUGAUGUGUAUUCCUAUAAGCAAGUGGGAGUGUCACUGAACAGGAUCUUCACUGUCAACCCCAAGGGAGAGCUGGUGCAGGAGCACGCCAAGACCAACAUCAGCUCGUAUGUGAGGCUCUGUGAAGUGGUUGACCAUGUCUUCCCAUUGCUGAAGAGAAGCCAUUCCUCCGACUUCCCCUGUUCAGACACUUUCAGUAACUUCACCUUUUGGAGAGAGCCACUGCCACCCUUUGAAAACCAGGACGUACAUUCAGCCUCAGCUUGAUACGACCAAGCAUUAAAGGAUAGGUUGUGGGAACCCUGGAGCUGCUGGGAAGGCUGAUGUGUGGCCAUCUGCCUAGGAGAGAAGCAUUUCUCCCUGGACCCACCCACCCUGGGGUGACUUUCUCAGCAUGGAGGUCGGAUGGAGGCUGCAUCUCAUCCCAUAGGCUGCGUGAGGAUUGGGUGUACUAGUAGUGUGCGAAGCAGUCCUCCGUCUGGUUUAGCAUACACAGUGCUGCUCUCUUCAGCCCAUGCCAGAAAUUAGUGUGCAGUGUGGGUGGUGACCCCUUACAGAAGUGGGCCAGCCAUCUGAGAGCUGUCUCAGUGUCAGUGCGCCCUCACCCCCAGGAACUCUGAUGGGCAGUUUUUGGUAGCCUAAGAGGCACAUUUCCAUGACAGUGACAUCCUUGCUGCCUCCACACAUAGGGAUGGGCUCUUUUCCGAGUCUGAGUGGUCUGAAGGGAACCUGGGCCUCGCUAGGUCCCAGCCCUCAGGCUUUGACUUUAUAGAUGGUCCCUUGCGGUAUCACUGACUUGGUCUCACUGUAGGUGUUAUAUGUUCUCUAAUUGCUCUGGUUAAAGAUGGCCUGUGUCACUGGUGCAUCUCUCCCUAUUAUCCCUCAUAGCUCAAGGCUGGGCUGUUUAUGCCUUAACACACCUGCAGCAGGCAUUUGCUUCGAGUGCACUGUUUAGUUCUCCAUAACUGUGAUGCCUUACGUUAAAAUGAUAGUCCCUGAGGCAGCAUCUGCACAGCAUCUCAUGUCUGCAUCCCACCAGCCAUCAGCCAGGAAGCACCACUAAUGAGGACUAGAGCAGCACCUAGGCCAGACGAGAAUGAUGCCCCUGAAGAAACUGGUUGGCUUAAGAAAUGUAGUCUCCAGAAGUUAAAUUAUUUUCUUUGCAGAUAUUAUUUAUUACUUUGAUCUCACCAGGCUGCUGUUGUGCUCAUCCUAGCCACGUCCUUAGGAUUGCAGCUGUUAUGAGUACAUUAAAAGUUAAGUGUGCUAGACAAUCCAAAGAGCCUUAUUCUGUCUAUGUCACACAAUGUUCUUCUGGAAUUCUGAACCAUUAAUUUUCCUUAGCUUUUUCCAUUCAGUCUAAGGGCAAGAAAAAAAAAUAGGAAUUUGAGUGAUGUUCUUUAAGUUGAUAGAGGGUAGUUGUUGAACUGUCUCAGAAAAAUGUGAAAAAAAAAGGAAAGAAGUAUUUUGGUAAAAGAUUUUUGCUUUACUUUUGGAAGUUUUAUAUUUUUAAAGAGUGCUUUUCUCCUGAAAGAUCUUCCUAUUUAAAUUUCAUUGUUUGAGUCAGAAGAAAAAAAGAGUCAAGAGACAAAAGGAAAAAAAAGAAAGAAAAAUGAAAAAGGAAAAAAAAGAAAGAGGGUGGAAAAAAAUGGACUGUUACUCUUUCCGUGAAAGAAAACCUAGAGUCACUACUGCUGUUGCAGUUGUUGGGUUCUGUUACGGUUGGAUGUGGUUCUCACAAGUCAUAGGAAUGGACAAGGAAAGCACACCUGCUGUGGAUCACAGACGGGUGGAGGAACAUGGGCUUGAGUGUGCAGGUUCCCUUCUGGGAGCGAAGGAAGUAAGUAAGCAUAGUCCUGCCACAGUGAGCUCAUGGCUUGUCCUCUGGUGACCUUCAGAGGCCAAGUUAGUCCUGCCACUGGGGUGUUUUGAGUGCAUUUGGAUUGCUGUGGAUUGAGAGGAACUCAUUGGUCCGCAGAGGCUCGAAGGCCUCUCCUCAUGCCUGGGAGAAACUUGGAAUCUCCCUUCACCUGCCCUCUGCAGAGUCCUCUGUUUUCUGAGAGCUUACAAUGGCUGGAGUCAGGAUCUAUUUAUAUAACCAAUGCUGGUCUGCAACACAUGGUCUCAAACACACAGCAAUCCUCCCUCCUGCCUCCAUGGCCACCACACUUGGCUUGGGAAUCUAGUUUUGAAGUACCUUAAACCUCCACCAUGAAUCAGAGUACACCUUUCACAAAACCACACUCUAAGAACUCUGAAAUUCUUCUUGAGCACUGUCCGGGUAGUGGUGUGAAUGAACACCUUCAGGGAGGCUCCCAUAUGCGAGCCGAAUGUGAGCUGCGCCUAGGCUCACUCAAGUUGGCUUAUCUGCAUAUGAACUAUAACCCAGGGCCCCAGGGUCACAUGCUAGAAUACUAUGAGUACCACAAAUUUCAAAGUGGCUUGUGGAAAUGAGUGACUCACUCCACAGUGACAUGUCCUCAAAUGUUGGUCACACACGAUGAAGGAGAAUACCCCUGGCACAUUGUAGAGAUGUGCUUCUAUUUUCACAGAGAAUUCCCCUUUGGGUUUCAGGUUUGGAUCACUACUUCAGUAUGUUUUAUUUACAGCAUUGGCUGUGUGUUUGUGAAUGCCGGUGAAGUGAUGAAAAUCAAUGUAAUAUUUCAUCGUGUUGUGCUUGAUGCAGAACUAGAAAUGUCUGUAAUAAAAGAGAUGGAUGAAGGACUUCUGAAAAUCAGGCA